AUGGAUCGAACUUACAUUGCCCUGAUCCACAAGGACGCUGACAGCGACUAUGGAGUGACAUUUCCCGAUUUCUUGGGCUGUGUAUCCGGAGGCGACACCCUCGAAGAAGCCUGCGAAAUGGCCAGCGAAGCGCUGAUGCUGCACCUGGAAGGCAUAUCCGCCGACGGGGAGCACAUUCCCCCGCCGUGUUCCGCCGCCGCCGCGUUGGCCCACGAAGAUGCCGGCUAUGCCAUCGCCCUGAUUGUCGUGGAAGCCCUACCCGAGCGGACUGAGGAAGAAGCCCAGGCGGCGCUGCAGGCAUUCCUAGCGUCGGACGAAUACGACGAGAUAUACAAUACUCCCCUCACGGAGGAAGAGCGGCUGGCGCUAUAUGAGCCGCCGGAGGAGCCUUGCGACUCCGGCAACGGGCUAAAGCCGAUACCCGCGGACGGCGCGGACCGGACCUACGCCGCAUUGGUGCAGAUGCGCGCCAGCGGCGAUUUUGGCAUCAGCUUUCCCGACCUCCCCGGUUGUGUGACUGCCGGUAGCACGCUUGAAGAAUCGCACCGGAUGGCACGGCAAGCUUUGGCGCUGCGUUUGGAAGGAAUGGCUGCGCGCGGCAAUCCCAUUCCGACGCCGAGUUCCGCCGACGCAGUACUGACGCACCCGGAUGCGGUGGAUGCCAUCGCCUUGACGGUGGUUGAAGCGCUGCCGGAGCGGACGGAAGCGGAGGCACCGGUCGCGCUGGCUGAGUUUUAG